GCUACAAACCAUACUUCCCUGUAUACAUUUGAAACUUCGUCCAGUCUAGUAACCUGCCCGCCCUUCAAGCCGCCGCGCUUUCGUGCUGUGCCCACACAAUACAAGGUUUUCGUCUCGUUAAUUGUACAAAUACAAAACUCAAAGCUGCUGGCCUUUCACGCGUCCUGAUCGGGUUGUCGAUCGCCCCGAGGAAAAAUGGUCUGCAUUCGCCCAGCAACGAUUGACGACCUAAUGCAGAUGCAGCGGUGCAACCUGCUGUGUCUACCUGAGAACUACCAGCUGAAGUACUACCUGUACCACAUCCUGUCCUGGCCCCAGCUGCUGCAAGUGGCGGAGGACUACGACGGCAAGAUUGUGGGAUACGUGCUGGCCAAGAUGGAGGAGGAGGCCAGCGAGCAGCACGGACACAUCACCUCGGUGGCGGUGGCGCGCACGCACCGCAAACUUGGCCUGGCCACAAAGCUCAUGAGCUCCACGCACAAGGCCAUGGAGGAGGUGUUCGGCGCGCAGUACGUGUCGCUGCACGUGCGCGUCACCAACAAGGUGGCCGUGCACCUGUACACGCAGACCCUGGGCUACCAGAUCUACGACAUCGAGGGCAAGUACUACGCCGACGGUGAGGACGCCUACGAGAUGCGCAAGUACUUUGGCCCUGCGCCGCCCGCCCUGGCCAAGAAGGCCGCGGCGCUCACGGCGCAGGCCACCGGACUGCCCGCGCCCACAGCCGCCAGCAGCUGAGCAGCUGAGAGGCAGCUGAGAAGCGGCUGAAAGGCGGCUGAGAAGCGGCUGAGAGGCGGCUGAGAGGCGGCUGAGAGGCGGCUGAGAGGCGGCUGAGAGGCGGUUGAGCGGUUGAGCAGCGCGGGAAAUGGGGCCCGGGGCCGCGGCGGCCGCCGCAAGCAGCUGAGCGGCGGUGCGGCUGAGCGGCGGCACCGGAAGCUGAGCGGCUGUGGGGCGGCAAAGCACGGGGGCGUGCACGGGAGUGUGUGGCGUGGGGGUGCGGUGUAUAGGGGAGUGGAUCGUGGGAGUGGAUCGUGGGAGUGAAUGGAGAGGGGGGAAUUCGGGGAAAUGACCUCCUGCCGGGGGCCGGCGCCGGGUGACGGGCGCUACGAUACGGCAUCGCUGCCUGGCAGUGGCAGCGUGACUCGGCAUUGCAGAUUUGCAGUCAGGCCUGCACAAUGAUGUUGGGGCAGAGUGACGGAUUACGCGAGCGAAAGCGUGGGUUAGACUUUAGAGACGACAUGCGUGAGUGUGAGUGUGUGCUGGAGCGGCGUGCAGGCUGGGCAGUUGGCACUUGGCAGAGAGGCAGCAUGGGGUGCUGGAAUGGCGACAGAGUUUGCAGCAUGGGGAUGAGGGUGGGGGCAGGGAAGUGGCCAAGUGCGACAGAGGAGGAGGCGCCUUGCACGGCUCUGCACGGCUUUGGUACAGCGGUUGUAAGAAAUUAAAGGCUA